CAUGUCCAAAAGCAUUUUGAGAAGAAUGAAAGAAUGGGUGAGCUCCUCUUUCACAUCAGGUUCAGAAGACAGGAAUGAAAUGACUUCACCCGAACAAACUGAUAUUGAAAGCAGUAUGGAAAGUGGCCACAGACCGCAAAGCUUGAAAGUCACUGAAUACGACAAUCCAGCAUUUAACAUUGAGUGUGACAAAUCCACUAGCUCUGAAGAUAGAAUAAAAUUCUCAGAACAAACUCUCAAAGAAUUGGCCGAAUUGAGGCGUUCAACAUACGUUCAUCCAUUCGGCAACAAAGUUGGUGUAGUGGAAAAGUUAAUUUACGGUAUAGAAGAUGUUGAAAGGUUUAGAGCCGACAAACUUGAUCCUCAAAAACUUAUAUUUUGGUUUGUCCUAACUGCCUUUCUGUUGGCAAUGAGUGUUGCUAUAAUAUUUGCAGCAGAACGAUACGAAAUACGGCCUACUUUUCGCCCAAGAAACACCACAAUUUAA